GGACCAACCAGAUGCCACCCUUAGGAUGCCAACAAACAGAACUUGAGGGUGGCAGCGGCAGCAGCAGCAAUUCUCCCUCUUGAGAUUUCCUGCGACUGGCAUUCAUAUGGAUACAUACGUGCAUACAAGUCAUCACGGCUGGUAGAGGAAAGAGAGAGAACAUGGUGAUGAGUUUCCGAGUCUCGGACCUCCAGAUGUUGCUCGGGUUCGUCGGCCGGAGCAAGAGCGGCUUGAAACACGAACUGGUGACCCGGGCCUUGCAGCUGGUCCAGUUUGACUGCAGCCCGGAACUCUUCAAGAAGAUCAAGGAGAUUUACGAGACGCGCUACGCCAAGCUCUCCGACGCAGGGCAGAUUCCGCAGCAACAGCAGCAGCAGCAGCAGGCGCCCCAGCACAGACCUCCCCAGGAAACCCUCUCCAUCCAUUCCUCCUACGACCGCAGCAGCAAUGCGGUGGCCAGGACUGCUCUCUCCACCGCCAACAUUGACUAUCCCUCCCUCUACGGGAAGUACUUAAACGGACUGGGGCGGUUACCCGUCAAACCGGCGAAGCCUGAGGUUCAGCUGGUGAAGCUCCCCUUCUACAGCAUUUUGGACGAACUCCUGAAGCCCACCGAGCUCGUCCCGCAGAACAACGAGAAGCUACAGGAGAGCCCGUGUGUCUUUGCCCUGACGCCGAGGCAAGUGGAGCUCAUCAGAAAUUCCAGGGAGCUGCAACCAGGUGUGAGAUCGGUCCAGGUAGUCCUCAGAAUCUGCUACACAGAUACCAGAUGCCCUCAGGAAGAUCAGUAUCCCCCAAACAUCGCUGUGAAAGUGAACCAUAGUUACUGUUCUGUCCCGGGCUAUUAUCCCUCCAACAAACCAGGUGUGGAGCCCAAGCGGCCUUGUCGUCCCAUCAACCUCACUCACCUCAUGUACCUGUCUUCCGCAACCAACCGCAUCACCGUCAUCUGGGGCAAUUACGGAAAGAGUUAUUCCGUGGGCCUCUUCCUCGUGAGACAGAUGACAUCGGCAGAGCUGCUCCAGAGGUUGAGAGUAAUCGGAAUUAAGCACCCAGAGCUGUGCAAAGCACUUGUUAAAGAGAAGCUUCGCCUGGAUCCAGAAAGCGAAAUCGCCACCACUGGUGUCCGAGUGUCUCUCAUAUGCCCGCUUGUGAAGAUGCGUCUGUCGGUGCCGUGUCGGGCCGAGACCUGCGCUCAUCUCCAGUGUUUCGACGCCGUUUUCUACCUGCAGAUGAAUGAGAAGAAGCCCACCUGGAUGUGCCCAGUUUGCGACAAACCGGCCACUUACGACCAACUGAUGAUCGAUGGGCUCUUGUCGAAGAUCUUGACGGAAUGCGAAGAUGCCGACGAGAUUGAAUACUUGGUGGACGGCUCCUGGUGCCCUAUCAAAGCGGAAAAGGAGAGGAGCUACAGCCCCCAGUGUCCAAUUUUAGUUGUGGGUGGGUCCACAGGUGGCACUUCGGAGGCCAAUGGUGUGCCGCCUCCCGCCCCCAGCGUGGAGAACGGCAAGGUCCCCGCCGACGUGGUGGACUUGACGCUGGACAGCUCGUCCUCCGAGGAAGAGGACGACGACGACGAAGAGGAGGACGAUGACGGCGGACCCGAAAAGGAAACUGCCCCGCCUAUACAAGAACGGCUUGGCAUCCGCCUGCUGACUGCAGGGGGCGCUCCGGGUCCUCCGCGUGGGAAAAGCUUGAAUACCUUGGUGCUUAUUCAGACGUGGGAAGAGGGGGCUUUCUCUCCCUUCCCCCUCUCCAUCUCGCCCUCUUGCAAAGCUGCCCCCCUGUGACUUCCCAGUUCCAAGUUAAUUUUUUUAAAAAAAGAAAGAAAGAAAAGAAAAAAAUUAAGAAGGCCUGCCGGGGGCGAGGGUGUGGCGGCGACGUUGGCGGAGCUCCUGCGUGGCUGGAAGACGAGCCAUCCUCUCUCUGGGGUCUUUUGCCAGCUCAGCUUGCACCGCCGCGAGAAGCAGGGCCGGGACGGCACACCCCUCUCUUGCAUGGAGGAGUCGUGUCGGGAAUUGGCCACUGGCUCUCCUCUCCUUCCUCGUGCCCCCAACCCCCGGCUCUCCUCUCUGCCCUCGUUGCUUCUUGGAUGACCUGGUGCCAGCUGCUCGGAGCAUGUCUGAGCGCCGGUGGGCAACCUGAACUCUUCUGGGCCUCCCAAAAGCGGCAUGUGUCUCUUCGGUCUUGCCUUGUUCGACAGCCAUUCCUGACUCCUCCUCAAUCUCUCUCUCUCUCUUUCCCUUUCUCUGACACGUGCGAGACCCCUCGCUGGACGUUUUAAGGGAGUGCUGUGUGUUUGUUGCCCUUCGCGCCGAUGCCCGGAGGCUCCUAGAACCAGCAGGUUUCCCUGGUCCCCCCCUCCACUGCCCCCCGUCCCAUGGGCACGUCAGGAAAGGGCUUUAGGAGGGGAGCCGGUGCAAAAUGGACCUAGACUUUGAAACCAAGAUGGUUUAGAGUUCCUUGGAGCAUUCUUGGGAGAGAACCUCAUGUAAAGAACUCUUUUUAGCUUCUCCUGAAAAUAAUGUAGAAUUCUUAACAUACUGAUUCCCUGUUACUCCCCACGCCCCCUUUUUUUAAGUUGAACAAAGCCAUUGGGGAGGUGGGAGGUGGGGAUGGGGUCGGAAUGCGGAAUGGGCUUGAACCACAAACCUGUCGUCUUUUCUUCCCCUUUCUUUUGAAGUGCAAUAACUUGGUGUGUUUUGGAAGGCGAAAGGGGCUGUGUGUCUCCCCGUCCCACCCUCUUUAAUCUCACCAGGGCUUUAGCUUGAGUCGGGUGUUUUGGGGAACAAAACAGCUUUUUUUGCCAGGGGGCGGGGGUGGGCUAGGAGUGGACGGGCCGGCGGGUUUGGGGGGGGCGCAAUGGCCCUUUCCAGAACAGAAAUGCCAGGUGGAGGAACUUUUUAUUAUUAUUAUUAUUAUUGUUGUUGUUUCUACCCAACUACCUCGGUUUUAAGACAAACAAACAGAAAUUCAGGUGUAGCUCAGUCAUGAAGUGGUGGUGGGCAGCAUGCAGGUGACUGUUGUCUUUUUAAAAAUUGCCUAUGGACUUCCAGCUGCUUUGAUACGUCUCCCCCUCUGUCCCCCCAAAGCGCACGCCCUCGUGUAUCCGUGAACUCUUUUUAAAUAUUGCCCCCUUCUGCUCUGCCUGGCCUCGGAUCGCUUGCCUACGUCUGCUCUUGACUUUCACUGCUGGCAAGCGGGGAAAUGCUCGCCCCUCAUAUCACACACACACACACACACACACACACACACACACACACCCUCUGCCCAGGAGCUGGUGCACUACUAGUAACCCCAUGCAGAUGACCAAGGAAAAGUGUGUCUGUUGGUUUCGUGCAUUUACACUAGGCCAAGACUGUGCAAGGUGGGCUUUUGUUGCACACACUGAAAACUGAAUUGGCCUCGCAUUUUAUUUCGGUGGGUCGGGGGAGUUUGUCCUGUUUCCUUUGCCCUACCUCCCCCCCCUUCCUGCCAGUCCCACCUGUUGUCCGUCCGCCAGCCCAGCAGACCUGGAACGUGGGGUGCUUUUGCUGUUUCCCCCCCCCAAAAAAAACAAAAACAAAACCAUGAUGUGUGUUCCAGGCACCUCCACCUUCUGCUCUCUCCCCUGAAGCUGGAGGGAACAGCACCGUCGUCCUUUUUUUAAAAAACCAGACCAGUGGUGCUUUUCUUGAGCGUUGCGUUUUCAAAAAAAAAAGAGCAAUGCCUCUUCCAAAGGACUGUGCCCCCGGGAGGUGUUGCCAAACAGAGAAAUGGCAACUCCUUGACUCCAGGCCGAGAGUGCGUUUCUUGUCUCUCUUUUCCAGGCUGCGCGUGGCAUGGGCGAAAGAAAGCCCUCUCCAGGGUGUUUUAAAGAAAAGCCAGUUCAAGUGUAUUUUAUAGAAGCCCCUAGACCUAAACGGUUGCUGUAUAGGACCUCACUCAAGGAGAAGCAAAGCGCUUAGGAGUUCAGCUGGGUCGUGGCAAGUAGUUCUUGUCAGCGGCUUUUCUCUCCCCCUGAACAUCCCACCCCACUGAUGAUGAUGCCUGGUGAAGGGCUCUUGAAGAACCCCUGGGAUAAACAGCACUCGGCGGGGGCGAAGCCCUGCCCCAGUCCCUUGGAGAAGCCGAUGUGGAGAAAAGAUGGCUGCAGGAAGGGAGGUGUGGCAAGUCAUGCAAACUUCCUGGCUCUUCCAGUCCCCCCCCCCGCUCUCCUCCCCCAUAUUACCAUAUAUAUAUAUCCCCCCCGCACCCGGUCAAACAUCUCAAACUGAAGCAAUACGUUGGCAGUUUUUAAAACGCGCACACCCGAGACCUCCAGAUCCACUGAGGGUUUGCAAAGGUCUUUCCUUGUACAGAUGAUGGUCGCUUGCCUCCUCAGCCACUCAGUAGUUCGUCCCACUCCUCUCCCUCAGGAUUAUAAUUUGUGUGCUUAACCUUCUUUGGCUCCCCAUCCCAGACACUGUCCAUUGAGACUUCGCAUCCUUCCUUCCUUCCUUCCUGAUUUCCAUUCUGUACAUAUGUUUUUUGCUUAACAUCCCUGUCCUGGUCCCCCCUUUUUCUGUUUGUUUGUGUGUGUGUGUGUGUGUGUGUGUGUGUGUGUGUGUAAAGAAAAGAAAUCAUUAUUUUUUUCUUUCCUUCAAUACACAUUCUUCAGAAUUCAAAAGUAUAGUGUUUGUUAAAUAAAAUGAAUUGAAAGAUUUCACUUUAA